AUGCACAAUGCCGCGCCUGGCAUGGAAUCCCACGGCGGGCAGUUUGGCUCCCAGGACAAUCACUUUGAGGACGCCCUCCCCAUUCCAAACCUAGACAGGAGAGAUGGUUCCGAGUCCAUGCAGAAUUGGCUUGCCAAGGAUGCGCCUUGGGCUCCUUCGACCGUCUUCAGCAAUGGCACAGUCCCAUACCUGAGAACUUCACCUGCAUUCCACGGUUACAGGACCAACAUCAUCCCCUCAGACUGCGGCGAGACGCAGCCUGAUGAUUCCGGUUAUGGAAAGAGUAUCGAAACCACCUCUAUCCGUGGCGAUGACCAUUAUCCCUCCGCCUUGGGCUUCGAGAAUGACCUCGGUGGUCUCCAGCUCGUUGCACCAGAAGCACUUGACCAGCAACCUGGGUCGCAAUUCUCGGCUGACACUGUCAUGUCGCCAGAUGGGUUGACUUGUGAUUGUUGUAAUAAACAAUUCAAGAAUAAAUCCGAGCUCAAAAAACACUGUGCUCGUAAAUCCAAACCAUUUACAUGUAGCCACAGCGGCUGCAGCAAGAGCCAGGUUGGGUUUGCCUCCAACAACGACCUCGUGCGACACAAACGGACCGUCCACGGCGAUAACCUCAAGGGCCGGACCUACAUCUGCACCAACGGGGACUGUGCGAAGGAACCCAUUCCGAAGAAAUGGCCCAGAACCGAUAACUUCCGUUCGCAUCUGAAGAGGGUCCACAAAAUUGAGCAGAUUGGCGACAUGGACUUGCAGCGUUAUCUAUAUGAACCCAUUCCCGAGGAUCUACAGGGUUUGGGAGCCAAGUUACACGAGCCAUCGACUCUCCACACUGAAUCAUUAUUCGCCGCUGCACCACACACUAGGGCUGAACAAAUUGCCGAGUUUGCGAACACAGACGCUUUCCCAGCAGUCCCCGAGACACCGCUCUACACUCCUGAUGGCUCGCUCGAGGGGAUCAACCCAUACUCUGGGAACGGGUUCCUCGAGGUGCCACAAGAUGACUCAUUUGGCAGCCACAUGAACCCGGCCGCCUUUGGCUCUCAUCCUUCUGCAGAGAGCUUUCCGCGCUCGAUCACCCCCAGCUCAAUGAUGAGCACCGGUGCCAAGGUCGAGCCUUCCGAGUCGGCAUACGAGGCUAACCUUGGCUCCCAAGAGUCCGUCUCAUCAGAGAGCGUCGCAGAUGGGGAGCAGUUCGUUGCCCUCGAUGAUGACGAUGAAAAUGAGAAGGUGGAAGUCGAAAUCAACGAGGACAAGUUCGAAGAAUACUUCACUAGCUUGCCCCAGGCCAAGAAGCUCGAGUUCCUUGCUUCGGUGCCCGCAACCAUGUUGCAGGCGGCAUUGCGUCAAAAGGAAGAAGCCCCCGAAACUGAUGCCUCUCAAUCCUCCGCCAGCAUCAAGGGCAAGGUCGAGUGCAACCUCUGCGGUAAAGUAUUCAUCAGGCCAUGCGAGCUCAGAAAACACAACAAGCGGCAUGAAAAGCCUUACGGAUGUACAGUCUAUCAAUGUGAGAAGACAUUCGGUAGCAAAAACGACUGGAAAAGACACGAAGGUCAACAGCACACCCCGCUUAACACGUGGCCAUGUGACAGUAGCUGCGGACAGGUGUUCGGCAGCCGCGACCAGUUCAAGCUGCACCUAGAUAGCUCCCAUCAUGAGAUGAGUCCUACUACCAAGGAGGCGAAGCUCGAGGACAACAGGCAGAACAUGCACUCCAUGUCCUCGUUCUGGUGCGGGUUCUGCCGCUGCAUGGUCGCCUUUGCCGGCGACACAACCGACCCCCAGGGUGUCCGGUUCGAUCACAUCGACGACCACUUCAUGGGCCGCCGUGAUCAGCCCAAGAUGAACAUUUCGGAGUGGCUGCACAUGGAGGUCGCACACGCCGAACGCAAGGCGCCGGCCAAGCGUGCCUCGAACAAGGAAGGCAACAUGCGGAAAAGAAAGCUGAGUGCGGCAUCCGACGCACGCCCUUCCAAACAGCCACAUACUAGCGUUGUUUGA